CUAGUGCGAAUCAUGGGAGGCGGCUGGUGGUGGGCUCGGGCCGCCCGCCUAACCCGACUCCGCUUCCGGGGGGCGCUGCAGCCGCCUCAGCGGCCCCGGAGCGGGGUCUCCCGGGGGUCCUUCGCCCCUGGCCACGGCCCCCGCGCCGGGGCUUCGCCACCCCCGGUGUCCGAGCUGGACCGCGCGGAUGCCUGGCUGCUCCGGAAAGCGCAUGAGACAGCCUUCCUCUCCUGGUUCCGCAAUGGCCUCCUGGCGUCUGGCAUCGGGGUCAUCUCCUUCAUGCAGAGUGACAUGGGUCGGGAAGCUGCCUAUGGCUUCUUCCUGCUGGGCGGUCUGUGCGUGGUGUGGGGCGGCGCCUCGUAUGCUGUGGGCCUGGCAGCGCUGCGGGGGCCCAUGCAGCUAUCGCUGGGGGGCGCAGCGGCCGGCGUGGGGGCUGUGCUGGCCGCCAGCCUGCUCUGGGCGUGUGCCGUCGGCCUCUACAUGGGCCAGCUCGAGCUGGAUGUGGAACUGGUGCCCGAGGAUGACGGAGCGGCCACUGCAGAAGGCCCGGAUGAAGCGGGCCGGCCGCCACCUGAGUAAGCAACAGGGCCAUGGGGACUGGCCGGGCGCUGGACGGCCCGAGCACUGGGACAUUAAAACCUGACCCCUUGCUCCAGA